AGGCGCGCUGCCCCCUCCCUGCGAGCUGGCCGGCCGCCGCGCAUGCGCAGUGGAGACCGUGUGGGGAAGGUUGAGUGCCGCCCGUCCCGCUGCAGCCUGGCUCUCCGAGGCGGAUCCUGUCCGGAUGCUCGGAGCUUCUGGUUGAGACGACUUGUGGCUGUGGGGGCACGAGGGCUGAGCAGGCUGCUCUGCUCUGGGUCUGCCUGGAAGAUCUUCACCUUUGCAGCGCUGCUGCGAGAGUUAGAAGCCUGCUGCCUCUCCUCUCUGGUUCUUUUGGUGUCCUGGAGAGGAGAGUGCGCACUUUCACCGCUGUCUCCUGCUCUGCCUGCUCCUGCUUUCAGCAUGGUAAAGAAGAACACUAUCCCCGAGGGAUGGAGGAGUUUGACACCAGUUGGGCAGCCCAUACCAGGAACGAGAUUUAUUGCAUUCAAAGUACCUUUAAAAGGGGCAAUUAACCAGAGGCUUACCCCAACCCAGAAAUUUACACCAAAAGACUUAAUUGCUGCAAUGAAAGCCCUCAAUGUGGAGCUCGGUUUAAUUAUUGAUUUAACGUAUACCACGCGAUACUAUGAAGUUAAGGAUUUACCUAAAAGUGUGCAGUAUAAGAAACUUUAUACUGUUGGACUUGAAGUUCCUGAUAAUGCUACUAUUCUACAAUUCAAAAAAUGGGUCAGAAAAUUCCUAUGGGAAAAUGCAAGAAAUGAGAAACUCAUUGGUGUCCACUGUACUAAUGGAAUAAAUAGAACUGGCUACCUUAUAUGUAGAUAUCUUAUAGAUGUUGAAGGCUGGGAUCCAGAAGCAGCAAUUCAAGCUUUUGGUGAUGCCAGAGGUCAUUGCAUGGAUGGUCUUAUAUAUCUCACAGAUCUCAGAACACAACCAAUGAGAAGUAACCUUGGAAUGGAUGUAUGGGAUUCAGAUGAAGAUAUCAUUCCCCCACCAAAUGCAACAGAAGGACCCGUGGAACAAUUCCCAAAUGAAGAUUUUCAGGGGUCUGGGAAAAGAUUAAGAGUUUAUGAUGACAACUCUCAUAAUAAUUUGCAAGGACAAACACAACUGAGAGAUUUUGAUUUCGUUAAUAAGGGACCUGGACGAAGACGAAGACCAUUUCAUGACCAUCAGACUCAGGAUGACUUAAGAGCACCAAUGGAGAUGAGCAAUUGGGACUACAAUAGGGGACCAGGACAGAGGCAAGGCCCAUUUUGUGAUCACCAGUUUUACAAUGAUUACCGAGAAGAUGUACAGCUGAAAGACCUAGACCUCAGUAACAAGGGACCUGGGCAACAGCUGAGACCUUUUUAUGGACACCAGUUUCGUGGUGAUUUACAGACAGAGAGACCAUCAAGGAACUCUGAAUUUAAAAGAGGCCGUGGGCAAAGGCAGAGAUUUUUUCGUGACUGUUCAUCCCACAGUGAUUCACCGGAAGAUAUGAAGUCAAAGGAUUUUGGUUUUAGUAGCAGGGGCCGUGGCCAGAGGCAAAGACACAGUCAUCCAUCUCAUGAUCAUUUUCAGGCUCCAAUGCAGUUGAAAGAGUUAGAUUGUGUCAAUAAAGGUGCUGGCCAAAGACUGAGAUCCUUCCAUGACUAUCAGUCACAUGAUGACUUACAGCCCCAAAUGCAACAGGAAGAUUUUGAAUUUGUUAAUAGGGGCCGCGGUCAGAGAUCGAGACCUUUCCAUUGUCACCAACCUCACAAUGACUUACAUACAGAGAUGCACCUAAAGGAUUAUGAUAAUAAAGGUCCUAGGCAAAGGCGCAGACUUUUUAAUGACCAUCAGCCUUAUGAUGAUUUACAGGAGCAGCCUCAGUUAAAAGAUUUUGAUUAUGUUAAUAAAGGGCAAGGACAAAAAAGGUCAAGACCCUUCCAUGAUCAUCCUGUUCAAGAUGAUGUGCCACGUGAAUGGUGUUCAGACAGAAAUCAGUCUUUUUCGUCCCAUGAAAAUGUAUCAGAACCUCAGUUCACCUCAUCUCCUUCACUUCACAGAGAUUAUGGAUCUGAUAAUGAUGACUUCAGCAGAAGCUAUAGUAAUCGAGCAAGCUGUCCUGAAGAUAGUAGGAGAGUGUAUCCUUCAGAUGAAUUUAACAAGGGAAAAAACAGAUUUGCACCAUAUUCUUCAUGUGCAAUGCAUCCGUCCUCAUCUGUGCACCAGGAAGAUGGUUCAUUAGACUAUGAAAUAAAAACUUUUAAAGGUGAAACUACUAGAGAGAUGGAACAAGGCAAAAGAUUACCAGUUGUAACAGUUGACUACAAUUACGGUCUCCCGUUAAAUUAUGGACCCGAAGAGGAAGAGAGAACACCUUAUGAUGUACCUCCAAGAGUGCAAUACAGCUGGAACUAAAUAAUAAAAAAAAGGCACUGUUUCCUCAGCUUGAGCUUGCAUCAAUCAGUUUUACUUUGUAUGUGGGCCACAGUUCAUUGGUUGGUUUUGCUUUUGGCUUUUUUAUAUGAUGGGAAAACGCAAACUGAAGUAGUAGAGAACUGAUCUCUACUGUGAGAUUAUUUUCUACUUCUAUAUUUAUUAGGGUGUAUGAGUUAAGUGUAGUUGGAUACAGGGUCUUGGUAUACAUGGAUGAAUGUAGUCAUUCCUCUUAGCAAAACUGAAGCCAUGUACUCUAAACUAUACAACUUUCUGAGUGAUUGGGUGAUUAUAAUUGUCUUUUGUUUUACAUUUAUUUAAAAUGUAUGUAAUAGUAGGAUGCUAAAGUCAUGAUAAAAUAAUGCACCAUCAGGGAAACUACCAUUAAGGUUAUAGAAAAAAGUACUAUGAAAUGAAUGAAACAAAUUUAUGUCAAGUUCCUCUUUUAAAAAUAGCAGCUUGUUAUUAUUGCUAACAGUUAUUGCAACACUGCAGUUUAAUUCCAGUUUUUCUGUUCCAUCAACUGAACUGACUUAGGUGUGAUUAUUUUUUUUCUCUAGACUGCUGAGAACUUGGAGGUGACUGGAGUUCUAUAUGUGCAAAUGUCAAACUUUAUUUUUCAGCAACCUGAAUAUUCUAUGCUAUCUUGGUUUGGCUUUUUUUCCUAAUCCCUUCAAUUAUAAAUGCUUCAGAAUAGCCCAAUGCAGGUGGAUUUCACAAUUUUCUUAGUAAUGCAUCCAAACAAGGCAGCUCACAUAUUAACAGACUGCCUGACUCAACUAUCCAAGAUUGCUUCUACCUGUGUUCUUACAAUUCCGUGUUUGUCAGCCAAAGGUGUCUCAUUCUUCAGUUCUCUUUUCUACUGGCUUCCUUUUAUAGCAGAGCAAAGCCAUCAGAAUGGAAGAGUAACUUCCUCAGGUAAGUUGUAAGUUUUAGAUUGGUGUAUUGCAGCAGUCUCUUCUGAAUUGCCACCGCACCUGGGCAUCAGGAUAGUAGCAUAACAAAAAUAUGCCAGCAGAUGUACAGCAGCAGCUCAAGUCAAACAGUUAAGAAACUGCCUUAAAGCAACAUAGCUGUAAAGCAAAGCAAGAGGAUAUAACUAUACACUAGAACACUGCAGAGUGUUCAUAGCAAGAACUCCACCUGUUUUGCCUUUUAACUAGCAGCAGAAAACAGAUUUCUGAAUUCAAGGGACUAGGACUCUACUACACAAGGACUAGAUUUAGGAAGUUCAGAACCUCUGGUAACUCUUGUUGAUUUUUAACACAUGCAAGAAGUUCUAAAAGUCAAAGGAUUUCACGUUUAUAAAUUCAAAGUGCAAAUAUUCCAUUGCCUGUGCAACUGGUAGAACAAAGUAAAUCGUUCCCUCAUUUUUAGAGCAACUAGCCAAUAGUAUUUCCCAUUAAAUCUAGCUUUGUGAGCCUCACUCAUGUGUUCUCGAGAAUGAAGCUGUAAUGCAGUGUAAUGCAAUUUUGGAACUGAGUACUAAAUAUUAAGAAAAAGGAACAUUUCUUCCUUCACUUCUUUUAAAAUGACACACACACACAAAAAAAUCUUUGUGGUGCUCUCCUUGAGAGAAUUAAGAUUUGUGGACUGGUAUUAAAGCAUUUGUUCUCUUCUUACAUUAUGUAUGUAGUAUUCAUAAAGUGAAUGAAGAGCAAAAAUUUGCUCUUUAUGAUUUUGGAUUUGAAGUGAGCAUAUGGUCAAUCCUUUCUUGCUUCAGUCCAGGGCUGCUGAAUGGCUGAAGAGCUGGUGCAAUGUAAAGUUUCAUACAGUGAGAAAUGUGGCAGCUCCAUCAGGAAUUAGGAUGGAUGAGGCCUUUAGUAGACCUUAGUCAGCUCCUGCAGGACUGUUUGAGAGUUUCCAUUUGGGAGUGGUCCCUGAAAUGUAUCUUACCUCCAGAAGUAUGCUAGCAAUUGCAAAGGAGAGUGUCAGUGGCACAGAUUAAAACCUUCCAUGAGUUUGUUAGCAUGGAAGAUCCUAUUCCAUUGCCAGGGAAUGCACUGAUAUUAGCAGGCAUCCUCAGGUAUGGAGAAUGUGAUUCCCCAAGGUAAGUGGAAACUGAAAUUUAUACUGAAUAAUCAUGUUCGCUUUGAUAAAUAUAAUAGAAUCAAUGAUGGCUGCAGGGCCCUUUCAAAACCAACUGUAAAGAUUGCAAUGGAUUUAAGACAUGUCCUUAUGCCAGCCUUUGAAAGUUGGCAUGUUAGGAGGAUAUAAAGCACUCCAGAGCUCAGAACUAUAGGUACAGUCACAGAGUGCAGCUCCUGCUGUCUGAUAAAAUAAAUAUCACUUUCAUAACUAUGUCAGAUUCCUCUUUUCAAGCCAAAUUAAUAGAUGUGAUGUUUCCACAAAUGGCUUUGUGAUGACUACGUGGAAAUAACCAAGGGUGGUUUUAUAAAUAUUUUUUUAGAACUUAGGACAAGGCUUUCCCUCCCCAUUGUUCUUAACAGAAUUUGGCAGAGCUGCAUCCACGUAAAAUAUUACUGAAAAUCUCUCACGUUCCACAGCUGAGUCAUUACUGCAUAUUAGUCUCUGUAGUAUUCAAUUACUAAUUGAUCCACAUGGUGGAAAAUGGAAUUAAGUAGAAUGCUUUUUGUUCUUUUUUAGCUGAAUAUUGUAUUUCAGUGGCACUGACUAAAAUAGGUUUCCUUCUUUUCUUAUAUCUUUCAUAGUGCUACAAAAAUAUCAUAAAAUCUUGUUGACCUCAUCUAUGGAUUUUCCUAGGGAACCUAGAAAUACCUGUUAUAAUAUGGCAUAGCAAUAAAAAGUAGGACUUUAAUGGACAGUGUUGUUUUCCUAUGGCAUCAAGUGAGAAAUCUUGAAGAAAAACAGAAGUUGUAGGAGUUUUAAUAUAAAUAACUACUAAACUCUGACUUCAUAUAAAAAUUCCUUCUCUGUUACUGCCCUGAAGUGAAUAUUUAAUUGGCAGCCUGAUUUUCAUCAGGCAGCAAAACAUACAGGUGAAUACAAAAAGGAAUUGCUUUCGUGCUGUCACCAACUACUGGUAUGUGAUUCCUCUCCAGGCUGACUCAUAUUUGCUUCAGCUGUCAGUGGAGUGUUCCUUCCUGAUCCCAGUGACUAGCAAGCACCAAACCCACAGAUCUUUCUCUUCUGCUCCAGUCACCAGAGAAGCAGGUGAGAAAGUAACCUGGUUGUAGGCCACAAUAUUGCCCUUUUUCUUGAGGUGAAAAGGCAAUGGGGAGGGGGAAGGGAGGACAGACAGAAAAUAACUCAAAAGAGACAAAUGAACAGAGGAGUUGAAAAGGAAAACAUCAGGAGGUGGCUAGUUACCAGUGUGAGAGAAGAAAUAUACAAAAGAUGUACAUGUGAAAAGCUGGCCAAAGACUGCUGGCUAUAAAAAGUGGACACAGACUAGAGAAAGAAUUCCUAACUUCUUACCUGGGUCUUCCAGCAGUGUGAGCACUGUGCCUGUGUAAGCUACCAAACACAUACAGCAGUAUUCAGGCCUCUAAUCCUUCAACAAAUUCACGUGGGAGAUUAAAACUAAUUAAGGCUUUCCUUUAAGCUUUAAAUAUAAUCUAGGUGUAGUAUAAUAGCCUGAAGAUACACCCUCCAGAAUCCAGUGAGAAUUUCAGACAAUCAGAUUUGAAACUGCCACAAAUCUGUUUCAUUCACUGAAAACAAACUCAUUGUUUGGAUUUGAGAAUCCAGUCCAACUUGAAUAUUGCAAGUGCAGAGCUGACUUAUGGCGCGCUCCCAGGGCGAUAUCAAAACGCACCAUAAAGUUACUGUAAUUGUGUCUAGUGCAUAAAACUUACAGUUAAGAUUAAGAGUAACACAGAAAUUUGAAGCAACAGCUUCACCAAGGACAGGAAAUAAGCCAGCACACUCCCACUUGGAGGCAGGAGUCAUUUUCUUUCUUUGUAAGCCUGAAUGUUCCACAAAGGAAGAUGAAAGAGCCCCCAAGAUAAAUAUAGUUAAAAGCUGACACAGACGACAAUGACUUUCAUGCAGUUCUUCAAAACAACCUCUUUUAACAUAAAUACAAAGAUUUUUUUUAAACUUUGGAAGUUAUUCUGCCAAACUAAAGCCUAUAAAACAAAAUUAACUCUUUAAGGAGAAGGUAACAGGGUAACAGACUACAUGUUGAUAAUGGCUGAUGUUGAUAACUGGUAAUCUCAAGUGAACUGUUUCCAUAUCAUGUUGAGCUCUUUAAUAGCAGUGGUGAGUUCUGAUUUUCAAUAGUUACACACCAUAAACCUUUAAUAGGCCUAAAAUAUAUUCUAAGAAGCGUUUACAAAUUAAAAGAAAAAUACUGUUUUCUGUCAUUCAGUUCAGUAAAGGAUGUAUUCACCCAACCUGUUUUUAAAUCUAAUAUAAGCUCAGUAAUUGUAGCAGAACUUGUGACAAUGGCUACAGAUAAGCCUUCUUUUCUAUCUUUAUAAAGCAACGGCUUUUGGAAAGAGCUAGACUAGAUGUGAAACCUCUGUUCUUGUUUAGUCAGCAUUACAGCAUGUUUCUACAUCUGUACGUCCCUGAUGACAGCACUGCUUUUCUAUUUAUGUUGUCUGUACUCACUUUGUGCACACUGGUAUUACAUGCACUUUGUUUCCUUUUUAAACUGCACAGAAUAAUGUCCCUCUUGCCUUAUCUAAUGAAAAAAAAAAAAAAAAA